GCACAGUCAUCCACACUAACGAACGAACUCUUGCUCCGAUCACGAGCUAGCUGAGGUCGACGAUGGCGGCUGUGCUGAACAGCAGGAAGACGCCGCAGGCGGUGGUGGCCGUGCUGGUGGCGGCGGCGCUGCUGGCUUCGUCCGCUUCGGCGGCGAUCACCUGCGGGCAGGUGGGGUCGUCGCUGGCGCCGUGCAUCCCGUACGCGACGGGGAGGGCCAGCGCGCUCCCCGCGUCGUGCUGCAGCGGCGUCAAGAGCCUCAACAGCGCGGCGCGGACCAGCGCGGACCGCCAGGCGGCGUGCCGCUGCCUCAAGAGCCUCGCCAACAGCGUCAAGAGCGUCAACAUGGGCACCGUCGCCACCAUCCCCGGCAAGUGCGGCGUCUCCGUCGGAUUCCCCAUCAGCAUGUCCACCGACUGCAACAAGAUCAGCUAAGUUACGACGACCAAGCUAAUAAGCCUACCGAACGUACACGUACGUCCCGCGCGCUGCACGAGUGAUGAAGCCAGGGAAGAAAUAAAAUAAAGCCGCUGUAUUGCCAGGAGCAGCAUGCAGUAUCGAUCUAUAUAUAUACUGUACUGUAGUACUCUAUAUUAUGUAUGUGUGGCCUGCAGUGCGAGUUGCUUCGAUCCACCUACUUGUUCAGACAGUUUAAUGGUUUUUGGUGCCUGUUAUGAAUCAUCCAAUAUAUAUAUAUAUAUAUAUAUAUAUAUAUAUAUAUAUAUAUGGUGGCAAAGUAUUGAUG